UCAGAUUCGUCGAAUUCGUGAAGACACUCGUGGGUGUAUUGACAAGGACAACUUAGAGGAACUCCUCAAGUCGUUCAGUGAGAGAAACUACCAGAUCAUCACGGCCUUCUCGGCUGCCAGCAAUGUGACUGGGAUCAUCACAGACACGGUGGCCAUCGCCAGGAUGGUGCACAAGUACAAGGCCUACAGCUUCUGGGACUUUGCAUCUGCAGGUCCUUACCUGAAGAUCGAUAUGAAUCCAGCACCUGAUGCUACAAAAGAUGCUGUAUUCCUGAGUCCUCACAAAUUCCUCGGUGGGCCAGGCACUCCAGGUCUGUUGAUUGCCAAGAAGAAAAUGUUUAGGAAUCCUGUCCCAACAAAUGUUGGUGGAGGAACUGUGUUAUAUGUGACCCGUGACAGCCACCUGUACGUGAAGGACAUUGAGAGUCGAGAAGAAGGAGGGACGCCGGCCAUCAUCGAGUCUAUCAGGGCAGGACUGAUCUUUAAACUGAAGGAGGAAAUCGGGAUGGAUCUGAUAGCAAAGAGAGACGAAGAGCUGUGUGCUCGGGCCUUCCAGACGUUCAAACACCGACAGCUGAUGCUUUUGGGCAGGACUGAGCCCCGACGUCUUCCCAUUUUCUCGUUCAUCGUCCGGGUCCCCGCCAAGGGCAAGUUCCUCCAUCACAACUUUGUGUCUGUCUUACUCAACGACCUCUUUGGUAUCCAAGCGAGGGGAGGAUGUGCUUGUGCCGGCCCCUAUGCCCAGAUGUUACUUGGUAUCUCUGAGAGUCUGGCAAAUGUCUUCACAAGAUUCAUCAAUAACAAAGAGAAUUGUUCAACAUGGACCCCCUUGGAAGUCAUGAAGCCUGGUUUCACCCGUCUUAACCUACCUUUCUUCUACGACGACGCCACGAUCGACUACAUUCUCAAAGCUCUCAAGAUGGUAGCAGACUUUGGCUGGCAGCUACUUCCCUUGUACGUCUGCGACCCAAAGACCGGAGCUUACACCCACAAGAAGUUUGAGAAACAUUAUGGCAGCACAUCCUUCAGCCUUCACGACAUUAAAUUAAAGGGAGAUAAAUUCAUGAACACCAAUCCACGGUUGUCGUCCUUGAAAGGAGAUUAUCAGCUAGAUGAUAUCCUUCACGAAGCCUACCACUUCAUCCAAGAUGCUCAGCGAGAACUGAAGCAACAGAGCUACGAACCAGAAGAGGACUCCAUCGACAAACUCAUCCCCGAGAAUCUUCGGAAGCUACGGUGGUUCCUGACAAGUUCCGAGGCCCUGGAACAGCUGAAGAAGUUGCGGGGUUUCCGCCGGCUCGACUCCACGUCGGGCACGGCCAAGUGCUCAUCGCCCUUCGUGCCGCGGCAGUCGACGCGGCGCAUGACGAUGGACCCGAAGUACCGCGAGGAGAUGAAGGCCUUCCUCAGCCUCAGCACGACUUGCAGCAUGGAUUGCUGCUCCUUCGGCGUCGGCGGUGGCGGCGGUGGUAGUGAUGACGAUACAGACAGCUGUGGUGGUGGUGGUCAUUUCAGGGGCGGAAGUGUCAGCAGUGCAGACAGCGGUCAUCAUCAUCAUCAUCAAGCGGUGCAGUGUUCCCACGGAAACGGCGACCACAACGACAGCGAGGAACUCGGCGGGAAGGGCAACGCCGCUUGUAACCAUGACAACAAUAACAAAUGCAAUGACGACUGCGGCAGCGGCAACUGCAACAUUAGCGCAGACAACAGGCAGCGAUGUUGCCAUGGCAACGGAAACCACGACUCCAACAGGUAUAACGCUGGCGGCGGUGGUGGUGGUUGUGGUGGGAACGGCUGCUUUGGCGUCGAGGCUCGCCACGACGACGGCCCUAACGACAGAGUUAGAGCGGAUGACGGCAAUGCGCAGAAGCGGGCGGGUGCACAUCACGACGCCGACCACCCAUGUGGCCACCACCACGCAACAUCCUCGAACCAAGGUAGCCCAGAUCGAAAUGCAGCCACACACAACACCGCCGCGGGAAGCAUCGAACCAAGUGACGCAACGGACGGAGACAGAUGCAACGGAUCAGAUUCCAGCCUACAGCCCGACUCUACCCGGCGACAGGUCAGCCGGCAAAACGCCACCAGCCCUUCACGUAACCGGCAACACAGAAGGCUGGGACCCGUCGGGGACGUCGACAGCAUACGUAUAAUGACAGAAUCUACAAACGGGGUCAAUGCGCCACACCCUCAUACACAAAAAAAACUGCAAGUCACUGAUAUAGACUGAUUGCGGGAUAAAUUGUGGGAACAUGGGGGUAACUGGGAGAAAAUUUGGGGGUGAGUCUUUUAAUGAUAUUUUGAAAGCCAUGGGUCACCAAAAUAUACUGACUG